GAUGAGUUCAACAGAAUAAGAGGGACGUUUUUGGGACCGGUGAUCAAGCUUGGAGAGAGGUCUUUGAAAUUAUCAGCUAAGAUAGUGCACGCAGUUCUCACCAAAAGCAUCAAGACAGUGAAGAGACACGAAGCAUGGUUCCAUUUUGGUGCUCAGCCAAUGAGGUUCUCUAUAAGAGAAUUCCACAUGGUGACUGGUUUGAAAUGUAGUGGUGAAGCAAGAGAACCACGAGAGGGAACCGAGAAAUUUAAGUGGGACUUCCUAAAAGGGCGUACUCAUACAGUAAAGGACGUGGAGAAGCAGCUCAGAAACACAAGAGAAGAUGCUUCUGAUGAGAGAUUCUGCCUUGCAAUGCUCCUCCUGAUUGAGAGCAUACUACUACAGAAGAGCCUUCUCGACGGUGGCACAACUUUUACUUUGGAUUAUGUGAAAAUAGCGCAGGAUAUGGAUGUCUUGAUGACAUACCCAUGGGGGAGAACAGCUUAUAAUUUGCUGUUAAAAUCACUUCAGAGAGCUGUCGACAAAAGCCUCGACAAAAACAAUUAUGAUUUGCAAGGGUUCCCUAUGGCAUUUCUUAUAUGGAUACUUGAGUCAGUACCUUUGCUACAGUAUGCAUUCAGUCAAGUUGUUCCUAUUCUGAGCGUUCAACCGUCUACCCCAAUAUUUUUGUGUGAGAAGUACCUUCAAAUAGCUUCUCCACAGCUGAUAGAUGUUCUCCUAAUUGAAAUCAAAGAUCAUCUUAAGGUCACAUGCAUCCUACCUCCUAUUUCUAAUGAUCCAGAAGCUGAUGUUUGCAUGGAAGACGAAGCUAAUAAAGAUCUGGAUGACAUGGCCGAUUUAUCCAAGAGAGGUUAUAAGUUUAAAAUUAGAGAUUGGCGAAACAUGUCAGUAGACCUAUACGGUGCUAAUGAAGAAAUAAGAAGAGCAUCUUUACUGUUUGGGAAUGGAGGGAUGAGUCAAGCUUCUACUUCGUAUCAGGAGGAGUCUUUGGAAUCAAAGAUCAACAGAAUCAGCGAGAUGGUGGGAGAUAAUUUAAGGAUCAUGAACGAUCGUUUGUGUUUGAUUGAAAAAGACAGGAAACAGAUUAAAGAACGUGUGACAAAACUAGAGAAACUACAAAGAGUUACUUCAUAUGGAACUCCAAACAAUGAGACUGACACAACUCCAUUUCAUGAGACGGCUUCCAGACAAGGUGAAGCCAAUGCAGAUCAAGCAGAUGAACAACUUAACAAUGAGGAUACACGAGAGCCUAUGAAUGAGAUCACGAAAGAGACACCUGGUUCUCCAAUAGCUCAACAGAAUAUUGAGACUCCAGUCCUUACUCCAAUUCAGACGCAGCAGGAGACUCACGAGCUUAUGAAUGAGAUCAUUUCACCAAACAUUUCCGACACACAGCCAAAUACCCGAGCUCGCAGAAAUCUUUUAACAGAGCAAAAUAAGGAUGUAGAAAACAGAGUUCAAAAUCCCUUUGAGAUCGGAGCAAAUGUGGAGAUUUCAAUCCAAGAUGACAAUACUUGUCAUAAAUGGUAUCCAGGAAAUGUGUUGAAAACAUAUUUGGUUGAUGGGGUUGAGACGGUGAAAGUUGAGUACUCCAUCCCGUCUCUGGACGAAAAGAAGAGGAAAAGGAGUGUUGAGACACGUGUAUCAAUUGACAGAAUACGUCCUCAACCACCACCUGAGAGAACUGGAGCGAAGAAAAGUUAUGAGCUAAUGCAGGACGUGGAGGCGUUCGACGAUGGUGCCUGGUGCGCUGGAAAAGUUAAAGUCAUUUUGUUUGAUGGCUCGUGUUUUGUCGCUUUGAACAAUUCUAAAAAAGAAAUUUACUUCCACCAUUCUGAGAUUCGAAAACCAAGAAAAUGGGUAGAUGGUGUUUGGGAGAUGACAAAAAAGGUAAAACAAAUGCCUUGGAUCACUUGAAUUGAAAAAUAAUGUCAUUUGUUUAAUAUCUCGGUAUUGAUUUUCAGAUGGAAGAAGAGCAGACGCAGAGUGUGAAUCCAAGUGAAGGAGAUGGUGAUAAAAAGGUAUGAAAUAUUUAUACAUCAUACUAGGAAUUAAGAUAUAAAUGUAUCUGAAUUUUUGUCAUUCAAAAAGGGGAAGGCGAAGGCUGUCGCUUGUAAGAAAAAUGAAGCAGCUGGUCCAUCAGAAGAUGGUGUUGGGAAAAUGGCAAAA